UGUUGCUCCUAGACACACAUAGCACUUUUCCCACUGAAGUGUUGUGCCACAGCUAGAAGAGAAUGAGUGGCGGUUCAAAUCAGAGAACUUUGUUCCAGACUUGGGGUGUCUCUGUGUCACAAAACAAACAUGUUCAGCAGGGAAAAGGUGGUAAAAAGAACGCUGAAGUGCGCAAGCCAACCUCAAGCAACAUUGCUCAGGUAGCUAAAAGACGUCCUCCUCAAAAUCCUCUAUGGACAGAAAUUGGUAAAGAAACGCAUGCACCAAAGAACCCAGCAAGAACAGAGGACGCUAUACCUGAGUUUGAAGAUGACGACGACGAUGACCUGAUGGUGGUCGCUGUUUAUGAAGCUGAAAAGAGCCUGCAAGUGGAUAAUGCUAACUUCUUCCAAGAUGAGAACAAUGUAGUAGCAGAAAACGCAGCCCUUUCUUCUACCUCUUCAGGUGGGCAGAUAUAUCCAGACUUUCCUGGAUUCGACAGUUCCUCAGCUAAAGUAUGGAUAUAUCCCACCAACUAUUCCAUCAGGGAGUACCAGCUGAAGAUCUCAGAGGCUGCCCUGUUUAAGAACACGCUUGUGUGUCUUCCUACUGGUCUGGGGAAAACCUUCAUAGCCUCUGUGGUCAUGUACAACUUCUACCGAUGGUAUCCAGCAGGAAAGAUAGUUUUCAUGGCUCCCACCAAACCUCUAGUGGCUCAGCAGAUUGAGGCCUGUUAUAAAGUGAUGGGAAUCCCCCAGGCACACAUGGCUGAGCUGACAGGCAGCACAGCAGCAAAGCAUAGACAAGAGGUGUGGCGGUCCAAGCGUGUCUUCUUCCUCACCCCUCAGGUCAUGAUGAAUGACCUGUCCAGAGACACCUGCCCAGCCAAGCAGAUCAAGUGUGUGGUGAUUGAUGAAGCUCACAAGGCGUUGGGCAACCAUGCGUACUGUCAGGUGAUCAGACAGCUCAGCAGUCAGACUCUGCAGUUCCGCGUCCUGGCUCUUAGUGCCACUCCAGGAGGAGAUACAAAGUCGGUGCAGUCUGUGAUCUCCAAUUUGCUUAUAUCCCAUAUUGAGCUACGUUCAGACGAGUGCCCGGACAUCCAGGCUCAUUCCCAUCAGCGCAAUGUAGAGAAAGUGGUGGUUCCUCUGGGUGAGGCCCUUUCUGCUCAUCAGGCACGCUACUUGCAGGUGCUGGAGAAGUUCAUGUCUCGUCUUGUUCAGAACCGGGUUAUGGCCCACAAGGACCUGCGGACUCUCAGCAAAUACCAGCUCAUUCUUGCCAGGGAUCAAUUCCGCAAGAACCCGCCACCAUACAUCAAGGGUCCGCAGCAAGGGAUGCUGGAGGGUGACUUUGCCCUUUGCAUCAGUCUGUACCAUGGCUACGAGCUGCUGAUGCAAAUGGGCCUCAGAUCACUCUUUGUUUACUUCCAGGGAAUCAUGGACGGAUCCAGAGAGAUGUCCAGAGCCAAGAACGAACUGCAUAGGACUCCCACGUUCAUGGACCUUUACCUUGAGAUGGAGGCAAUGUUUGUGAAGCCGCCUACUGGUCCUGAUGAACCAUUCAUUUACAGUCACCCCAAACUGGAGAAACUGGAGGAGGUGGUGCUGCAGCACUUCAGAGUGUGGGCUGAAAGCUCAGCAGGCAAUAAUGGUCCUCAGGGUGUUACCACACGUGUGAUGAUCUUUUCGUCAUUUCGGGAAAGCGUACAGGAGAUUGCGGCCAUGUUGAACCGCCACAGCCCGCUGAUUAGAGUCAUGACUUUUAUGGGCCAAGCCUCGGCUAGGAAGGGCGUCAAAGGCUUUACCCAAAAGGAGCAACUGGAGGUGGUGCAGAGGUUCCGACAGGGAGGCUUCAACACACUGGUGUCGACCUGUGUGGGGGAAGAAGGGCUUGAUAUCGGAGAGGUGGACCUCAUCGUUUGCUUUGAUGCACAGAAAAAUCCCAUCCGCCUUGUGCAGCGAAUGGGACGUACUGGCCGUAAGCGGCAGGGGCGCAUUGUAGUCAUUUUGGCUGAAGGCCGGGAGGAGAAGACCUACAACCAAAGCCAGAGCAAUAAGCGCAGCGUGCACAGGUUCAUCACUGGCAACAAAAGCGGGUUCCACAUGUACCCCAACAGUCCCCGCAUGCUGCCUGAGGGGGUGAACCCCACCCUUCAUAAGAUGCACAUUACAUGUGGACAGUUUGAUCACAGAGAGAGCAACAGGAGGUCUAUCAGGGGACGGCGGUCCCACUCUGAGGGACGGGCUUCACUCAUCCAUCCUCAAAACCUGAUUCAACAGCGCAGCACAACAUCUGAUGGCUUUCUGAGCAGCACGGAAUAUUCCCUGUGGGCAUCUACCAUGAAGCUGGAAGAACAUGAGGCUCAUCCAGUCUUGAGGAAGUCCCAAUUUUUGUCAAUACCCAAUGAUACCACACCUCAGGAGGAAAUUUUAAAAGACAGGCCAUGCAGAGAGCUGUCGUUGUGGGAAUGGAGACACUGGCAGCACAAAGCACUUUCCACCCAUGCUGUUGAUCAUUCUCUCCGCUGCAACCACUUCAUUAAAGUGAUGGAGCUCAUAGAUGGCAUGAAAGAGGAAAAUGAGGGGGAAUGUCGUUACGAACAGGAGCUUCUUCCAUACCUCUGCAAAGAAAGUCCUGAGAAAAGUGGACAGAAGAGACAAAAAACCAUAAAGACUGGUGCUAAAACUACCAACAUCAAGCCUAAACCACCUCGUUCAUCUUGGUCUGAACUGGAGUGUAUUGAUGAGGAUUUAGAAGGAGAGAGUGUGAGGAGAAGGGGGUUAUUUUUCACAUCGGCUGUGACAGAACAGCAUGAUACUGAGGUGCCUUGUGAUGACAAAACUCAUCACUCAAAACCCCAAGCAGGCUGUUCUCCAUCAAAAAGCGACAGUGAGGACUGUGCCAUCAUUGAUGUCACAAAAGCAGAUCAUACAUUCAGAGAUCCUGUAAAUCCAGACAAUAUUUCACAGACGUUUGAUAGAAACGAUGAAGAGCUUCAGACGAUGUUCUACCUUCCCAAAUGGGAUCCAGCCCCACAGUCCACCUCUGACAAACCAGAGAGAGUCGAGAGUCUGAAGUCCAUCCUUGCCAACGUGGCUGAACUCCUGUCCCGAUCUCCACCUUCUUCUGCUGAUAUUUUAGAAGUGAACGAGGCUGCAUCAUUACAUCCUGCUCCUCCUCCUCCUCAUCAGCCAUUUCCCGUCAGCUUUAGCUUGGAUGUGGAUGAUGAUGAUGAUGAUGAAGAGAUGACUGUUGAUAAUGUGGCAACUGGCCCAGAAUCAGAACAACCUUUAGUGUGUGAUGAGGGCAGUGCAGCUGUCCACAGUCCUACAUGGGAUGAGGUUUUUGAGGAUGAAGAAGUAAAUUAUGAUAAUAAUGUCAUAGAUGAUGACAAAGAGACAAAUUACCAAGGAUGCAGCUACUUCAAGGAGGAAGAUAAUAUGAAAAUAAGACUUAAUUAUGACCACACAAGUAAAGAAAACAAUGGUUUGGACAGCAUAAGAUAUGAAGUAAUGGCACAUUCGACAGAUGGUGGUGGGAAGGAUGGCGGAUUCUCUAGGGGCAGCCCCCAGAUGGAUGACAGCAUCGAUCUGUUUGAAGACGAUGAAGCCUUCCUGCAGAUGACUAUUCCAGAUAUCCCCACUCCUCAGGCUCGUAUCACACAUAGGACGUCCCCCAAUGCUAAAGACACUGACAAGAUAUUCAAAUCUGCAGAAAUGCACAACCUAACAAAGCCAUGUAGCACUACACAAUCAGCUGAUUGCACACAAAGCAUAAAAACUGAGCACAGAACAAAGAAUACGUCAAAUGCAAUGCUCAUAACUCAGAGCAGUCAUUACCCUACAGAAACUAAACUAGAUAUACACACAGCAGACACACAAAGUAAACCCUUUACAGAUCAUUCUGAGAAUGCUGCACCUUAUUUUAAGUCUCCUACACCACAGGGAAAUUCUGAUUCAUUAAACAGCUCCUGUGAGCUUUUCUCUGUCAAUUUUGACCUUGGUUAUUCACUGGAAGACUCUGAGGAUGAAGCAGGAGUACAUGCUGAACCUGCCCCUUGUAUGCCAGCAUCUUCACCACCGGAAAAGCAGCCUGACUCUAUCGUGCCUUUACCAGCAGUCUCUAACUCUUCAACACCGUGUUACGGCCUCAACAAUGAAUCCAAGUUAAUCCGUCAACACGCAAAAUCAGAGUCAUGGAUGUCUAAAAGUGAGGCGCUCCCAUCUCCAAUCAGAUCACAGGGAGUGAGGCGGAUACUUGUUCCCAGUCUGGCAAGGCCUCGGCCCUCCAGUUUGAAACGGAGACAACCAGAAGGUGGCGUCACCGUGUCAAGCAUGGAAACUGACCCGAGACAGGAUUCUGUUCAUGUCAACUCUGCUCCUCAUCCAGAGAGUAGCAGUGAUGAUGAAGAUGAAGUUGUGGUUUACAAAAGAAGACAUCAGAACAAGGUCAACCCAAUGGCGUCCCCAGAAAUGUCUAACAUCAGCAGCGAUGUGGGCUCCCCGAUGGUGGUGAAAAGGAAACGCAUCCGUGCUCUUAAUACAUCUGAUGAAAUGCAGGGAGAAGCUGUGUCUGAUGAUGAUUUCCAGAAUGACUCAACAUUCACAUGCAGAACUACAGCGCCGGCAGCUGAGAGGCGGUGUGUUCAGCAGGCCAAACAGAAGAACUUCGUAUGCCACAAAGGGCGUCAGUUCCUGGACGAAGAGGCAGAGCUGUCGGAAGAUGAGGAAGGAGCAGACAUGUCAUCUGACGAAGAGGACGGAGAAGACCAAAAUCGGUCUCUUGAUGGCUUUGUGGUCGACAACACGCACCUCUCACAGGGACUGAAUGAAUCAGAGAUGCAGGGAGUUUACCUGAAAUCUGUGAGGAGCCCUGCUGUCCAGGGCAAAUUCAAAAUGUCAUACAGAAACCAUCAUAACAUGGAUAUUUUUUCCCAGGUGCCCGAGAUGGAUGAGACAUAUGCAGAGGACAGCUUUGUGGUUGGCAGUGAUGUAGAGGAGGUGGACAGCAAUGACGAAGAAGCAGAAGAUGUUGAACUAAUGCCUGAGGCUUCAUAUGUUGAUGGGAGAAAGCAGUAUGCCACCAGACGUCGUGUCUUCCUGCACAAAGCCAGAGCAAAGGCUGGCACAAAGACCAGAGCCGAGUCGCCACCUGUGCAGAGAGCAGCAGUGAAAGCCAAACGUACCCGGGUCAUACACAUUGAUGAUUCUAGCGAGGACGAGAUGGAGGAAGCUAGUAAAGAAAAGAGUCUCAUCCCAGGAGGGGGUGUUGUCCCCUUGCAGCCCAGCAUGGCACAACCACAGCCCAGCAGACCCAAGUCCUCAGCUUGUGCAACCAUAGCAUCUAAGGUGUCAUUGCUGAGUAAAGCACAAAGCGGCUCAUUGAGUGAAGAGCAGUUAAAUGAGAGGUGUCGCCAGAGGUUAGAAAAUGAACAUUUUCUCUCUGACGAACUGGACUUCGUGGAGGCAGAGUCAUCUGUUUCUGCAAAGAAACAAUCCCAGGCAUUUUCUGCCACUUCCUCAGUGCCUCAGAAGUCCGCCGCUCAGGAUUCAUCCAUAAACGUCUCGCCACUCGGGUCUGUUUGCAUUCUAGUGGACAGCCGCUGCAUCACUAGUGGAGUGGAGCUGAUGAGCUGUCUGCGACAGCGACAUGCAGCUACCGUUCACGUCUGCUCGCUGGACAGCAGCUACUUCAUCGUCAGCAACCGCAUGGCAGUGGAAAGGCAGAGCCAAUCAGACUUAGCUGCGAUGCAGAACAGGAAGCGACUGGCAGACAGAGUGAACAGCUUACAGGAGUUGUUUGAGUGUGUGUGUCUGAUUGUGGAAAAAGACAGAAGCAAGACAGGUGAAACUUCACGGCCAUUUCAGCGCACACGUUACUACAACAGCACCUUGGUAGCACUGGUCCAUUCGGGUGUUCGUUUGCUGUGGAGCAACAGUGCUGAGGAGAGUGCUGGCUUACUAGCGGACCUCGCUAAGCUGGAGCACUGUAAGGGUCAGGGCAUCACGGUGCCGCUGGAGGUUAAAGGGCAGCACAGGCAGCAGGGCCUGCAGUUGUACUUAAGCCUGCCUUCAGUCAACUAUGUCCAUGCUCUCAACCUGAGCCACAACUUCAGGUCAAUCGCUCAGCUAAUAAACAGCCCGAUUGAAGCCAUUCAGAAAGGAGGCUGCAUGAGUCGAUCUAGAGCUGAGGAAAUCUACCGCUUCCUGCGCUACUCCUGUGAUUCGUUCCUCAUAAACACAUCAAAAGCAGGGAAAACCAGCUAGCACUCUGACGGAGAGGCACUCUCCACCAGGAAUAAGUUGCUACGUGACUGCACUUUUGAUAUUGCACCUCAGUGAGAGCAAAGCCUCAGGAUUUUAGUUCAUUCUUUUUGCACAAUAAGGCAAAGAAGUAUACCUCUCAACAAUAUGCUAUAUAAAAAAGUUUUUACGUAUGCUUGGUUGAGUUGUGUCUCACCCAAUUCAAACACUGAUAGCAAUGCUUUGAGGUGUUACUAAGCAACACUAAAUCAUAAGAACUCAAUCAAGCCCUUAAUUUAUUGGUAAAAUAAUGUAUUAACCUUUUUUUCCUCUAUGUACAGCUGCAUCUGAAUCAUCUGUCCAAUUUCCUUAAAAUAUUUUGUGCAUAAUGCCCCAACUGUUGUUUAUCUUGACCUGUGUCAAAACUGUAAUAGCUACAUAAAACCACUAGAGGUCAGCCUUGUCUAUAUUUUUUUUGUUGGAAGGGUCAUUUGAAGGCAUGCCCUUUUAUUAUGUGUAACUGAUGUGACAAUUCACUUUGUUUCCAUUCAAAAGCACAAUAUUUAUUAAUACCUGUACAAAAGAACUGUCUUCAAAAAACAAAAGUGGUAUUUAUUUAAACAGUCUCCUGUAGAUCUACAUGGGGAUGUUCUACUUUGGUACAAAGUAUCAUACACAAGCACAGAAAACAAAAGCAGCCCUUUCUUUUCCUUUACAAGGAUAUCAAUCAUCUAUCAUCCAACCGUCAAGACAAACCCAGACAAUUUAGAAAAGAAAUACUGGGUUGGAGUUUUAAUGUAAAGCCUAGAGAUUCAUUAUUAUGAAAGAUGUUGAUAAAACAAA